GAAAACUACUUAAAUAGGCUGUCAAUUCAAGAUCAGGAUCAAGACACGCCUCAUUUGCCGCAGUGCAUCAGAAAACCAGCGUUGAGGUGAAAAAACACCAAAUACACCCAAAUAACCCCUUAAUCGACACCCCAGCGUUAUCCAGAACAAGCAGGAUGAGUGUAGACACCAGCUGGGACAUAGAGUCUUACCGGGCAUCCUAUGAGAGUGAUGAGCACUGGACCCUGAAGAGAGAGUUCCUGGAAGCCCACAAGGAGAGAAUACCUGAAGCCCGCCUCAUCUGUUUAGCCCAGGCCUUCGUCAAUAUUGAGCUGCUCGGAUGCAAGUACCCGGACGCCCUCAUGCGGCAGGUGGAGGUGCUGGCAAGGGACGUGGGCUGCGACUUCAAGGAGAACAAGAAGAACAUGUUGCAGAGAACAUUUGUGAAGGCCUCUGAUGCCGCUGGUGCAAAAGUUAAAGGAACCCGCACAUCAUCGUUAUUAGGUGACUGUCCCUCCUUCAAGCCAUCUACAGCCUCUGAAGAGGAGGACAACGGUUCCCUAAUGUCCUCCGAGCCUUCGUCUGACCUCGAGGGUGGGGAUUCAGCAAAGCGGGGUCCUAUGUCGUCCCUCCUCGGCCUUCCACCCACACCACUAUCGUCCCGCCUUCCUAUAAUGUCAUUCGUAAAGGGAUCAAAUUCUUCACAAGUUGGAUCGUCAAGUGUGUCGGAUGGAGCCUCGACAUCUGCUAAUCCUUCCUUCGGUGGAUCGCUGGGAGGUUCCAAGGCUGCGUUUAGUGGAUCAGCAAGUGCUAUGGGUUUUGUCUCCGGUGGAACGCUGAUGCCGAACUCCUCCAAACCGAUGCUUGGUGGUGGGUCAGGAAGUUCCAUGGGGUUCGUGUCAGGUGGAACAAUGACCGCAAACAACAAGCCUGCGUUUAGUGGAUCAGGAAAUGCCAUGGGGUUUGUCUCAGGUGGAACAAUGACCGCAAACAACAAGCCUGCGUUUAGUGGAUCGACAAAUGCUAUGGGGUUCGUCUCAGGUGGAACAUUAAUGCCAAACUCCAAGCCUGCGUUUAGUGGAUCAGCAAAGUCCAUGGGGUUCGUGCCAGGUGGAACAAUGACACCAAACAACAAGCGUGCAUUUGGUGGAUCAGCGACAGGAUUAAGCUCCACAGGGUUCAUCUCCGGCGGAACACUGAACGCCGGCAACAAGACAUCAUUUAGCGGAUCAGGCACCACUGGGUUCGGCGGAUCACCAAACACAGCAUCUAAGCUUGGCGGGGGAGGACAGUCGCUUCUUGGAACACCCAACACUUCAAUGUACAGAUCGGGAAACACAAACUCUCUUCUACCACUGCCUACUGACACCACCACCACCACCACCACCACCCUCAUCACUGCCCCGCCAGCCCCCAAGAAGAAGAAAUCCAAGGACAAGGACAAGAACAAACCAAUCACGGAGAAUGCCACUCCAGUCAUAUGGUGCCAAGGCUGGGGAGAAGGCCAAGGGUUCAUGCAGCCAGGACAGUCACAGCAACAGCAGCAGCAGCAGCCCUCCACAGCAGCAGCAACAGCAACACCACAGCACAAUCAUCUGGCCAACUGGUGCAAGGUGGUGGGCCGAGACAACCCCUUGGCAGGAUUUGUGGUGGUGAGGCACGAGAACCAUGACAACGGAGGUGCUGCGGCCGCCAUCCUCAACACCUCCUCCUGCUUCAGUAGAAUGCCGGUCAACUACCACUACCAGAAGAAGGACCAUUUCCACGAGUGCACAGUGAACAUCAACGGUGUGGACGUGGUGACAUCAAGAGCAUUGGGGAGGAAGAAGGCAAGGGAGCAGGCUGUGGUGGAUGCUGUGGCUGAGCUCCCCAAACAUUGCUUUACCCUCAAGAUCAAGAAGAACAUUCGUGCGGAGAGUGUGACCUUGGAGCAGCUCGGCGAGGACCUGGCCAACCGUAGCUCAAUGAUGGACAACCCUAACUCUGUGGCCAGCAAGAUGAUGAAGCAGAUGGGAUGGACUGGUGGAGGACUUGGAAAGAAGGGAGAGGGUAUCACUGAGCCCAUUAGGCCGAGUGAGGUGUUUGGCCGCCAGGGACUCGGACACACUGGCAACAAGGGCGCCGUCACCCCAGCUUUCCGCAAGAGGGUUCGGGAGAUUGUGUCGGACUAUGCCAGCACCUCCAAGAAUAUGGCAUUGGCUUUCUCCAACGACUUCUCCAAGGAACAGCGAGCAGAGAUUCACAAAAUCGCUCGCCUGUGCCACCUGAAGAGUGCCACCCGCGGGAGGGACACCAGUAGUCGGUGCCUCGUGAUCACCAGGAAGAUGCCGGCACAGGACCUCCUUCUGAGACUCCUGCAGGAAGGUUCUAAUGAUCAAUAUGAACUACUUCCACCAUCCUCCUCCUCCUAUGAUUCUGCCUAUGGGUCUGCCUACAGCUCCUCUUAUAGCUCCACCUCCACCUGCUGACUCCCAGGAAGUGGUUAGUUAGUGGAAGGUAUGUUAGGUUGUAAGGAUUGCCUAGCUUGUUUGCAGAUUGUGGAUGUGUACGGUGGUGUGUUAUACAGUUAUGAAUACUAUUACUUAGUUCGUAGUUUGUAUAUUCCAAAGUAUACCAGCUGAUGAAU